AGUACAACCACAACAAUAAGACAAAUAAGCUCUGUGGGCUCUUAGCUCUUUCUGUAAAUGUCCGUGGUGCUGGUUAUGACAUGGGAUACUCUCUAUGCAAAAGGAGAGGUAGGGAGGAACCAGGAAGCCGAAUAGCUUUCAAUAAAGCACCACAGAUGUUAUAGGUCUGACGUUGGAAUCUGGAGCAGCAUUCCUAUGGGGAGGAGACAAAAGGCUUGAAAACGCACAAAUCCUGAUGGAGGGGGUGAGGGGAAGAGUGGAAGUAUGUGCACCAUCCACUCUGUGGGCGAUGGGAUGGAUUCCCCCAUUCCUACCUGUGCAAUACAAGGGCUCUUUUUAGCUGAGGAAUGUUCAUAGCUUUAAUCUGUAGUGGGCUCCUCUACUUUUAGGAAAACUUAGGCAUUCUUUCCGUGAAUUUCCACUAAUAUGCAUACCUAGGAAGAGAAAGAUUUGUUCCUUUGAGCCAUCUAAAUCUUGGAACCCAAAUCAGAUGAUAUAAAAUGUUAUCACAGCCUAGGAACAUGGAAUACAUUAAAUAUGUUUCUUAUGGUAACAAAGCUAGUUUAACUGCAAAUUCUAUUGAGAGUGGAUUAAGUAUUUAUUAAUAUUUAUAUUUUUUUAAGUUACUGAGAUAGUGUGUAAUCUAAGUAGUUACCUUUAGGAAUCUGAGCCUGGCAACAUAAAGCCUUUAACCUUCAGCCUCUUUCCAGACCAUUCUUCAGGCUGAUACUAGUUCACUUGACAUUUUGUCCUUUGAGUUUUGUUUUUUCCCCUGAGGCAGGGACUCACGCAAUCUCGGCUGCCUUUGGAUUACUGAGCCUCCUGUCUCCUCUCAAAUUCUGGGGUCACAAGUGUGCUCCACUACAUCCACCUCAACCCGGAAGAUUUCCAGAAGAGGGUCAAGCCCUUUCAUCCUGGCCUUUCAGGCUUCUGUUUGUUCUAUUGCAUUUGUUCAUUCUGCCUCCAGGAGCUCCUCCUCCUACCCUACCUCACCUUGGGGACCCCAGCUCUUGGUGCAGACCCAGGGUCCCCUUAGCUCUUUCUGUCUACCCUCCUAGCUCAUCUUCAUGCCUUUGAGUCAGCUUCUGAUCUGCAGAAACACUUCUUCCCAGGGACCCCCAGUGGCCACACUGGGCUGGAAUGGAAAUAAACAAUUUUCACUAUCCUUCCUGCCCUCCAUUCUGGCCUCUCCAGAAUCACUCUUAGGUCUCUUACCUGACCUCCAUAUGCUGGGACUCAGGCUCUUCAUGAGAAGCCCAGUCCCCACAGCUCUCUCUCUCUGCCCUCUCAGCUACUCCUCCUAGCCCAGCCCCAUUCCUCUGUGUCACUUGCUGAGCGGCACAAGCAAGCACUCUGUUCCAGGGACCCCAGAGCCACCACACUUGCAUGGGUUUCCGAAUAGGCAAUGGCCAAAGAGUAAAACAAGGCCAGAUAUUUAUCCCAAGAAACACUGCAAACAUUCCAGAUUCCUAGAUCCCAGCGCAAAAACACAAACGUGAAUAGCCAAGACAAUAUACUCCUUAAGAACCCAGCUACCCCAUUUCAAUAGGCCCAGAGACAAGCAGUUAAGAUGAAGCACAAGACAAGCAUGUCAAAAUAGCAACUAUAAAUAUGUUCAAGGACUUUAAAGAAUAAAUGAAGAAAUGUUUUAAUGAAAACCAUGAAAACACAAACAGAAUGAGAUAACAAAAACAUUUUAAGACGCAAAAGUAGAAACAGAAUCAUUAAAGAAAAGUCAAACUGAAGUAAAACUUGAAAUAAAAAACUAAGAAGUUAAAAAACAAAUAAAUGAACAAACAAAAACCGAAAAACCCUCAGAGAUCAGCCUCACCAACUGACUAGAAGACAUGGAAAUAAAAGCUCUCAGAUGUUGAAGACAAGGAAAGAAAUGGUUAACUCAUUAAAGAAAUGUAAAAUAUAAAAAAAGUCCAGGCACAAAACAUCCAGGAAAUCUGUGACACUAUGAAAAAACCAAGUCGGGGCUGGAGCCAAUGGAUUGGCUAGAUGGUCAGGGACUUGGAAAGAUCACAAUUGGAAAAUUGGUGAGAAAGACAUCUGGGGAAGAAGUAUGUGGAUAGAUCUCUCCAAAUGGGCAAAGGAUGUGAAGAUAUUUGUGUCCCAUGUAAAUGCUCACCAAAAGGUGACUUCAGCCGAGGAGGAGUUCAAUAAUCAAGUGGAUAAGAUGACCCGUUCUGUGGACAGUCAGCCUCUCUCCCCAGCCAUCCCUGUCAUUGCUCAAUGGGCACAUGAACAAAGUGGUGGCUCAUCCGAGGAGGGCACUGGCUGUUCUUCUACAUGGCAGCUCACAACUGUCUUAACUCCAAGAUCUGAAACCCUCACACUUGCAGGCAAAAACACCAAUGCACAUAAAAUAAAAAUAAAUAAAAUUUAAAAAAGGAAAAAGAAAAGACCAAAUCUAAGAAUGAUAGGAUUAGAGGAAGGAGAAAAACACAGGUCAAAGGCACAGAAAAUAUUUUCAACAAAAUCGUAGAGGAAAACUUCAAUUAACCUUAAGGAGAUGCCUACAAAGGUUCAAGAAGUAUACAGAACACCAAAUAGAUUGGACUAAAAAAAAGAAAGUCACCUUUGCACAUAAUAAUCAAAACACUAAACAUACAGAACAAAGAAUGGCUGUUAAAAGCUUCAAGGGGAAAAAGACCAAGUAACAUAUAAAGACAGAUUUAUUAGAAUUACACCUGACUUCUCAUUGGAAAUGCUGAAAGCCAGAAGGGCUUGGAUAGAUACUCUACAGAUCCUAAGAGACCACAGAUGCCAACCCAGACUACUAUACCCAUCAAAGCAUUCAGUUAUAGCAGAUGAAGAAAACAAGAUAUUCCAUGAUAAAACCAAAUUUAAGCAACACCUAUCUACCAAUGCAGCCCUAUAGAAGAUGCUAGAAGGCCAACUCCAAUCUAAAGAGAUUAACUGUAUCCAAGGACACAGAGCAGUGCAAGUGGCGCAAAUUACGAAGAACCUUAACUACGAAGGGAGGGGACAGAGGUUCCAUUGGCUGUCCCCAGUGAGAGUCUUAAAGACACCUGCAGGCAAUCAACUGUCCACACCGGGGAACACUGAACCAUUGCUCCUCGUCUCCACCCGCUGAAGUUAGCUCUCCAGAGCUAGCUCGCAUCCCCACACAGAAGAUCUGCGGCGCUCGCUGGUCCCGGGUCGGGCGCUCCUGGGGAGCCGCGGAGGCCGGGCGGACCACAGCGGAGCUGGAAACCCGGGGGCGAGCGUGCGGAGCCUUUCCAGGCGAAACGCAGCGCGCACCGCCCGGGCGGCGCCCAGCAUGGAGUGGAAGCUGAAUCUGCUGCUCUACCUAGCGCUCUUCUUCUUUCUGCUCUUCCUCCUGUUCCUCCUGCUCUUCGUGGUCAUCAAGCAGCUGAAGAACUCGGUGGCCAAUACGGCCGGGACCCUGCAACCCGGGCGCCUGUCCCUGCACCGGGAGCCGUGGGGUUUCAAUAACGAGCAAGCUGUGUGACCCAGCUGGCAGGGUUUCAGCUCCGCCGGGAUUCAGAUCUAUGUCAUCGGGACCCAGACUGGUACCCUUGACCGGUGACACCCAGGACCGAAACUCCUAUCACAGCCUAGGAGCCCUGCAAAGCCGGGGAGUGGAGGAGAUCUUGCAAAAGAUUCUUAUGUGAUCUCCGUGGCUCCCCAAUAGAAGGAGGAAGCAGGGAAGAAAACAGAAUGUGCCUGUCUGAGUCCAUCUUCCUUCUAAAGAGUUUCCCGGGGACCAGGACUACGUCACGGGCCACUGUCUUUUAACAAUAUGGAUGCUGUUGCCUUCAAUCAAAACCCAAGCUCUCUAGAUUAGGACAAAGAAUCCUGGGUGGACAAGAUCCAGAAGUCUAUGCUCUAGUACAAAGCACAGUUGUGCAGAAAGCAGUGUUCAAGAUGGAACUCCUGGUUCCCACACAGCCCCACCGAUGUGGCUGAGCAGAGUGACGAUGUCUCCCUAGUUCUCAAGAAAUAUUUGUCAGGACUGGCUUCCUCUCUGGUCAGCUGACUCCCCUGUACCAGGAUUUUCUAGGCAUGUAGCCUGGAAGCCUUACAUUUGUGUGUGUUGGGGGAUCUGGAGGUUGAGGGGGUCUUCAUAAUCUCCUCACGGAACUUUGGUAACAGAUCAACAUAGGUUGUUUUCUUUUGCUCCUUUUUGGUCCCCUCCAUCACGUUCCAGUUAGUUCAAUUUUGGUGGCAGCUAAGUUUGUGUAUUUGAUCCCUAUAAAGGCCAUCCCUUCCAUGCACAAGGAAAGACACUCUGCUCAGAAAGGCUACCUCUCUUCCUUCCACCCUCGAUCCAGGAAUAUCCCGGGAGAUUGCCUCUCGAGCUGCUUCUACUCACAGCCUACGUACUGGCCAAGCCGAGGGAGAAGAAACACUUCCCACACCCAGAGCUGUGCAAAAGAACUUUCUGUGAUAUGAAACUGUUCUAUAUCUGUGGUGCCCAAUACGGCAACUACUAGUCACAUGUGUCUAGUAAACACUGAAAUAUGGCUAACGGGGCUUAGCUUUUAUUUAAUUUCACCCGAGACAGCCACUUGGGGCUAGUGGCUAUUGUAUGUACAGUUCACACCAUUCUCGUGUGUGUGUGUGUGUGUGUGUGUGUGUGUGUGUGUGUGUAUUAGAGUCAAAGAGGGGAGGUGGCUGCUAGCCAUGAACUCCACAUCCCAUGGUCUUCAUUGUUUUUCUUGCUUUCAGUUUUUCUCCUUGAUGAAAAAGAAAGUCAGUAUGUUAGCUCUAAAUUGAGAAUGCUACCAUCUACCUAUUGCAUGUCUUCUUGUACCAAAUGAGAUAGGUUUCAGUGAUAAUUGACCAUGGUAAAAAUGGAAGUGUUGAUUCACUACAUCUCCAUAUUCCCAGUCCUUGCCCCUGACCAAGGUCACAUUGUCCUAGGCACUUUAUUCCAUUUUAGUUCUCUUUUUAAUAUUGUGAAUCCCAAGCAAUUAUUGUAUAUGUUUUUCAAAAUACCUAAUGGUUUAUAUUUUUUAAGGCUGUAAAAUAAAAAUUGACAAUUACAUGUAACUCAGGUUUUGUGUGUAUGUGUGUCUGUGCAAUUUUUAGUAACUUACUACCCAAACUUUAUUGUAUUGAUUAGGAUAUGAAUAAAUGGAAAGUGAUAUUGA